AUGGCGGCACCAACGCAGGUUUAUCUCCUCCCGCUGAAGAGCGAUGGUGCUCCCGACAUCCCAGGAGGGUAUAUCUAUCUCCCGCCUCCCAGUGACCCGCCGUACCUGCUCCGAUUUGUGAUCGAGGGCAGCAGCCCUAUCUGCAGAAAGGGAAACUUAUGGGUGAACAUUCCCGCUCCCAAGGAUUGUUUUGAAAGCAGCAAAUUCAGGAAGUUUAGUCUUCUUUCCAAUCUCUCCGACGAUCCUACCCCCUCGCCCCAUGCAGAGACGAGAACAGAGACAUUUUAUAUAGACGUAUGCCCCGAUAUCAGGCUCAAUGGCGAACGGAUGCCUGUUGAAUCCUUGUCAAUAUUCUCCGUUGUCUCCAAGUUCAUGGGAAGAUAUCCGACCGGCUGGGAUAAGCAUCUUAAAGGGAUCGGUCAACGCGGAUACAAUGUUGUCCAUUUCACCCCGCUGAUGACAAGGGGAGCAUCAAAUUCGCCAUAUAGCAUAUAUGGCCAACUAGAGUUCGAUCGGCAUUCGUUCCCAAAUGGAGAGGAUGAUAUCACGGAUAUGGUCACAAGAAUGGAAAAGGAUUACGGACUGCUUGCGCUGACCGAUGUCGUCUGGAACCAUACUGCUCACAACAGCAAAUGGCUUCAGGAGCACCCUGAAGCUGGCUACAACGUGGAAACAGCACCCUGGCUAGAAGCUGCUUUGGAGUUAGACGACGCCCUUUUGAAAUACGGAGAUGACCUGGCAACUCUGGGUUUGCCCACGGAAUUCAAGACAGUUGAUGACCUGGCUACAGUGGUGCAUCAGAUGAGGCCACAUGUCAUCGAAAAGAUUAGGCUAUGGGAAUUUUACACUGUCGAUGUCAAACAUGGUACAAAAUCCAUCAUUGAUGCAUGGAGGUCCGGGAAUAUCGAGUAUCCCAAAGGGGGAUUUGGAGACGUUGGCGUUGGGGGAUUAGAUCAAAUUCGGCAAUGGCCGUUUGAGAAGAAGGCUGCUUUCCUACGCAAAAAGGCAUUUGAAAACGACAAUCGGGUUUUGGGUCGAUACAGCAGACGGGUGAAUCCCCAAAUUGGGGCUGCACUACUCACCGCGCUCUAUGGCCGGUUUGAUGAGACGACUACAGACUCUCAGGCGGUUGAAGAGAAUGUUACCAAGACACUGGAUGCUCUGAACCUGCCGUUGUUCCAGGAGUUUGACAAAGAUGUCUCGGAAAUUUUCGACCAGCUCUUCAAUCGGAUCAAGUAUCUCCGCUUGGAUGAACAUGGACCGAAGCUAGGCCCUGUUACAAAAGACAGUCCUCUCAUUGAAACCUAUUUUACCCGCCUUCCAUUGAAUGAGGUUACCAAAGUGCAUAGCUCCAAGUCGCUUGCCCUACUUAACAACGGAUGGGUAUGGAACGCAGAUGCUCUAAGGGACAACGCGGGACCCGACUCUCGGGCUUACCUAAAACGAGAAGUCAUUGUUUGGGGCGAUUGUGUUAAACUACGCUACGGAGAGUCCUUCGAGGAUAAUCCAUUUUUGUGGGGGUAUAUGACCCAGUAUACAAAGCUCAUGGCGAAAUACUUCGCGGGCUUUCGUAUUGACAACUGCCACUCUACUCCUUUACACGUAGCGGAGUACUUACUGCAUGAAGCCCGACGCGUUCGUCCCAAUUUAAUGGUUUUUGCAGAACUAUUCACGGGUUCGGAGGAGGCCGAUUAUUUGUUCACAAAGCGACUUGGGCUGACGGCUUUGAUCAGGGAGGCAAUGCAGGCAUGGAGCUCCGCUGAGCUCAGUCGACUGGUUCACCGUCACGGUGGCCGUCCUAUUGGCAGCUUUGACCCGAGUUUAUUGUCGCACUGGUGUCAAAGGGAAGACAAUACCAUCCUCAAUCAUAUCCGGCAAACUUCCGUGCAUGCGCUUUUCAUGGAUUGUACACAUGAUAAUGAAGCUCCGGCCCAGAAGCGGGAUGCUAGGGACACGCUGCCUAAUGCAGCACUGGUAGCAAUGUGCGCUUCUGCGAUUGGCAGCGUAAUGGGGUACGAUGAAGUAUACCCUGAACACGUCAAUCUCGUAACAGAUGGGCGAUCAUACCAGUCUUCAUUUUCGGAGGCCGAAGUGCAGGGUCUCACUGGCGAAGGGGGUAUAGGUGGUCUCAAGAAGCUGUUGAACAAGCUGCAUACGGAGAUGGCUGUUGAUCAGUACGAUGAAACCCAUAUUCACCACGAUGGAGAAUAUAUAACCGUUCACAGGGUUCAUCCACACACAAGAAAGGGCAUUUUGCUUAUAUCACGUACUGCUUUUGCCGAUUCUCCGGAUGAGCAUACUUUCUCUCCCGUUCAUCUGACAGGCACUAAAGCGAGCCUUUUAGGUGCUUGGAAACUUGAAGUCGAUAACAGCAACGAAACAAAACAGACUAUCACAUCAGAUAAACAAUUCUUGAGAGGCUUACCCAGCCGUGUCUCUGAACUUUCGGGAUUCCGAAUCGAAGAAUGCGGUGACAAUACGAUAGUAUCUUGCCCCGGAAAGUUUCCACCAGGCUCUAUUGCCUUACUAGAAACGCAUAUCAACGAGCAGGAUCUACCGAUCGGGCUGAGUGAUUUCAUCACUGCUGAUGUGGACGAAGCUUUCGCCCGUGUCGAUUUAACCGCACUAAAUUUUGUAUUAUAUCGCUGCGACUCCGAGGAAAGGGACUCUAGCGGUGGGAAGGAUGGAGUCUAUAAUAUACCAAAUUUCGGCCCUCUUGUUUAUGCUGGACUCCAAGGGUGGUGGAGUAUCCUGGAAGCCAUCAUUAAACAAAAUGAUCUUGGCCAUCCGCUUUGUGACAAUCUGAGAGACGGUCAAUGGGCACUUGAUUUUGUCGUUGGACGAAUGCGACGGGCCAUCUCGCACCAGAAUUAUUCACAACUGGAAGGCCCAACAAAGUGGCUUGAGGAUCGGCUUAACGCGGUUCGCCGAGUCCCGAAUUUUUUGUUGCCCAGAUAUUUUACUAUCAUUAUUAAAGCUGCGUACGAUGCGGCCUGCCGACGUGCGAUUCAUGGGUUAGGAGUCAUCAUUGAGCAUGGUCAGCAUUUCAUCCAUGAGCUGGCGUUGGUAAGCGUGCAGCAGAUGGGCGAGGUGAAAUCUGCUUCGCUUUACCCUACAAAGCAGGUACCUUGCCUUGCUGCUGGCCUGCCACAUUUUGCCACAGACUGGGCGAGGUGCUGGGGCCGCGAUGUGUUUAUUUCGCUCCGGGGGUUACUCCUCGCCGCUGGUCGAUUUGAUGAUGCGAAAGAGCAUAUUCUCGCUUUUGCAAGUGUGUUGAAACAUGGCAUGAUACCCAAUCUGCUUUCAUCUGGAAAGCUUCCUAGAUACAACUCUCGCGAUUCUGUUUGGUUUUUUCUGCAAGCGAUCCAAGAUUAUACCCACAUCGUUCCAGAAGGUAUUCGGAUUUUGGAUGAAAAGGUCUCCCGUCGAUUUCUACCGUAUGAUGACACGUGGUUUUCGUUUGACGAUGAAAGGGCGUAUAGCCACCAGUCGACUAUUGCCGAGGUCAUCCAGGAGAUCCUACAGAGACAUGCUUCAGGCAUAUCAUAUCGGGAACACAAUGCCGGCCCUGAGUUGGAUAUGCAAAUGAAGCCAGAGGGAUUUCAGGUGAAUGUUCAUGUUGACUGGCAAACCGGGAUCAUGUUUGGAGGAAACCAGUGGAACUGUGGGACUUGGAUGGACAAGAUGGGCGAGAGCGACAAAGCCGGGAACCGUGGUUAUCCCGGCACCCCAAGGGAUGGCGCGCCGAUUGAAAUCACUGGCUUGCAAUACAGCGCGCUGCGAUGGAUCUCGAAUCUAAGAAAAGAUGGCCUUUACUCGCACAAUGGAGUUGAUAUUGGUUCCGGCCAGACGAUCACCUUCCUUGACUGGGUUGAUAGGCUAAAGGCAAAUUUCGAGAGGUGUUACUACGUGCCCGUGGAGCCUGAUGAGGACAGGCUGUUCGAUGUGAACAGCUCAGUUGUUAACCGCCGCGGCAUCUACAAAGAUGUAUACCGAUCUGGGAAAGGUUACGAAGACUAUCAGCUCCGGCCCAACUUUACGAUAGCCAUGGUGGUUGCUCCGGAUCUUUUCACUCCCAGGCGUGCGUUUCAUGCCUUGACCAUCGCUGAUACCGUUCUCCGUGGGCCAACAGGCAUGGCUACACUUGACCCCACGGACCUGAACUAUCGCCCGUACUAUAACAACUCGGAAGACUCGACUGAUUUUGCAACUGCGAAGGGGAGGAAUUACCAUCAAGGACCCGAAUGGCUGUGGCCAACGGGGUACUUUCUCAGAGCGUUGCUGAAGUUUAGCCUGCUGAAGGACGAUUCGUAUCAAAGCUUGAUGGAUGUGUAUCAGCAGAUCACGAUGCGGCUGGAGGGUCUAACAGUCUUGUAG